AAGAACUCCAAAAUGGCGGCGUCCUUGGUGCACGUUUUGCGUUUCGCUUCUCGACAAUUCAGGGUAAAUUCGUCCUUUCCCGCGGCAGUGGAAGGAAGAAGAUACUUGCUGUCCCCUGAUGUUCUCCGGUAUGACAACUACCUCAAGCAGUCCUCCAUUAUAGCAGACCAGAUGGAAGGCAGAAUAGACGUCUUCCACGGCGCCGUAGCAGACAAACUGAAGCGAGAGCUCCCCCUGGCAGAGAACGAUGUGAAGCACAUGCUGCACACCUGCAGAACUCAGGAGGACUUCAAACUGGCAGAACAGGCACUCAAAAGCUACCAUAUGCAGACCCAGCACAUCAGAAGACGACACUUCCGUUAUGGCCCUGUGCUGAUGAGAUGUUGCCAGCACCUGGGCCUGGAGGAGAAGGCUUUGGAGCUGGUUUCAGACCAGUCACUGCAGGACAUUUUCCUGGACGUGACGACUUACAGCCUCCUCAUGCACAUGCUUUUCACCAGGGGUGACUACAAAGGAGUGCUGCGGGUGUUUGAACUGAUGCACAGUCGCUCCAUCAGGGCGAAUGCUAACUCAUACAAGCUGGCCUUCGCUGCACUCUAUAAACAGAACACCCCGGAGGCUUUUGCCAGAUGUAAGGGUCUGUAUGAAGGUGUUCACCAAGAGGACCUCACAGAUGAAACGACUGGAUUCAUCAUGGCUUUAGCUCUAAAUCAGAAUGACUUUGAGUACAUGGUAUCUGUCUACAACCGAGUAAAACCAAGGGACUGUAGAUCCUGCCAGAGUCUCAAUGUACUAGCACUUGCCAGACUGGAACAGUUUGACGACAUGUUUGCAGCCUUGAAGAGCAUCUUUGAAAGAGACGUCCCCACCUUUAUUCCGAAGUGGGAGGUGUCUCAACAAACAAUGACCACCAUCAGACAGUUACUGGAGGAAAAACGGCCUGAGAUGGUCCAAGAAUUGGAGGAUGUGUACGACAGUCUGAAGGCAGGAGGCCACCUGGUGCCCCUGUCUGUGGAGGCCAUGCUGAUGGAACCCCCUCCCCCCACCACCACCCGCCGCGCCUCACCAGGACUCAGGAGGUCCUUCCAACGGUCCAGAAGAGCAAACACACAUGUAUAGACAGAUGUACAAUGUACAUGUAUGUCAAUGGCUGGGUGAUCCUUAAUAUGUAGAGAUGGCCAAUAGCACAAGUUCUUGACCAUUUGAGUAUGUAAAUGCAAGCAUAUGUUAGUAAAAUGUCCUCAGUACAGUCAAAACUGCCCACGAAAACAAAUCAGGGGGCUAAUAAAAUCUGGAAUACGUCGGCAGGUGGUCACUGUAGAUUAAUUUCUUGUGUUAAUUGUAAAAUUAUGUAAGGUAUCAAGGAAAAGUGGUCACAAUGGUCAGGUGAUCCUUAUGUGAAGGUGGUCACUUGUACAUGUUUUACUGUACAUGUGUAGAGCACUCAAGAGAGAUACAUUUUUUCUGUUGUUCUGUCUAGGAUGGGAAUACUGAGACACAUCUUUUAUGACAUCAGAACUAUUGUAAGCUUAGGGACUACCGAGUUAUUCCAACUUUCACUACAAGGAAUAGUAUCUUAAAUGUGACCUUUUUAAGGGUCCAACAUGAUGAAAAUAUUGUGACUGUUUUUGACAUAUGUCUGAAACAUUCUGGUGGGACAUCUGAGUUGUAUGUGUAUCAAAAAGGGUGUGGAAGUGUUUAAAUGAGAGCUGGCCUAUUUCAUCAUUUAAUAACAUAACUGUGAACUCAUUUUAUGUGUCUGGGACCUAAUUAAUAAAUUACAGAUUAUGUUUCUUAGAACCUUAAUGGAUCAGAAUAAUGAUGCUGUCAAAUACUGUACAUUACACAACAUUGAAAAAUUCAGAUUGUAGUAGGCGAUGUUGCUUAUAAUGUGGGUAUCAGAUACAUAUAUAACAACGUAUAACAACUGAUGUUCCCAAAGGUGUACAGUACAAAAUAUACAAUGUUUCCUCCAAGUGAAAAUAGUAAGAGCAUGGAACAAUGUGAUAUUCAUAUAUUAUCUUUCUCUUCACUUCCUAAUGAGUAAAGUAGGUUAUUUACUAGAGGUAACGUGCAAAACAAAUAUGUGAUUUUUUUAAAAUAUCAUACCAGGAAUACACGCAUCUCUUAAUCUACAUGAACAUGUAUAUUAAAAGCUCUGUAUCAUAUGUGCAGAAAGGUCUAUGACCUUUACUUUCUAUUAUU